AUGUCAAACUUUCAAGUUCAUUAUGCAUUGGUUUUAAGAAAAUUUUCAAAAUUUAUAUUUAUACAACAACAUAGAUUGUUUUCAACUGAAACAAAAAUUGAAAAAUUUACUGAAAAUGUAUUACUCAAAUCAUUAAAUAAAUAUACACCAGAUAAAAUUCGAAAUUUUGCGAUAAUUGCACAUAUUGAUCACGGCAAAAGUACACUUUCUGAUCGAUUAUUACAAUUAACAAAUGUCAUUCCAUCUGAUUCAGAACAAAGAUAUCUUGAUAAAUUGGAGGUGGAAAAAGAGCGAGGAAUUACUGUUAAAGCCCAAACUUGUACUAUGUUUUAUAAAGGAAUGAUGCUGAAUUUAAUUGAUACGCCUGGCCAUGUUGAUUUUAAUCAAACGUUCUUUAGUUGCUUGUGGUGGUGCUAUUCUUCUUGUAGCUGCAAAUCAAGUUUAUUUAUCUCUUUUUUAUUUUUUUUAUUUUUUAAGGGAAUACAAGCUCAAACAAUUUUUAAUUUUUGGGAUGCCUUCCAAGCCGAAUUGUCAAUAAUUCCAAUAAUAAAUAAAAUUGAUAUGGCAUUGGUGGAUGUUGAUAGAAUUGAAAAACAAAUGGAAACACUUUUUGAUUUUAAAAAAGAGGAAAUACUUAAAGUAUCAGCAAAAACUGGAUUAAAUGUCCCUUCAAUUUUGGAUGCAAUUAUUGAAAGAAUUCCUCCGCCUAAUCUUGAAAUGAAGGAAGAAAAAUCUUUUCAGGCACACAUAUUUGAUUCUUGGUUUGAUCAUCGUUACGGAGUUGUUUUACUUUUGGUUAUUAAACAUGGACAGUUAAAACGUGGAAUGUCAGUUCAGUUUUUUAAUGACAAAGAACGUGUCUAUAAUGUUAGACAAGUUGGUUUUUUACAUCCAGAGAUGGUUCCAUGUGAGGUUAUUUUAAAUUUAUUUAUAAUCGUUUUUAUUAAAUCAACUUGUAAUAAUUAG